GUUGAUCCUUUGGAUUCAAGAAGUAUACCAGACGAGUUCGAUGAUGAUAGUCCUCCACCUCCGUUAGGUUACUCCCUUCCUGAGAGAUUGACUGGUGGUGAACAUGCGGCUGACACCAUCAAUGAAGGACGUCGUACUCAAACUAAUGAUAGUUCUAAAUCAGGUAAUAAGAAUGAUAAUAAGAGAACUCCUAAAGAAAAACGGAAAGCUAUAGGGGAUAUGGUUUUGAAAUUUGCUUGGAAUUAUGUCAAAUUAUUUUGUAUAUUUGUGGGGAUAUUGUCUGUUUAUUGGGCUACAUUUUAUAAAAGAACUGAUCGAUAUAAACAUUUUAAUAUGUUAUUGGUUACCGAAGAUGAGAGUUUUAUAAAUAGUAAUGGAACUACCAUUGAACCAUUAUUAUCAGAUACCUUUGUGCAUAUGAUAACUCAAGAUCCAACUGUUACAUCUUUAGGUACAUGGACUGUAGUACCUAUAUCAAAUUUCACUCAACAAGCACAACAACAUAAUAAUACUAUCGAAGCUGAAGUGAUUAGAGAAAUUCAUCAUCAAAAAUAUUGGGCUGGAGUUCAUAUAAAUCCAAAUUCAACUCAAUUAAUUUAUGAAAUGAUGAGUACCGGUAAUUAUUCAUCUUUAUCCGCCAUACCGGAAUUAAUCAAUGUGAUUUAUGAAUCAGGACGUCAUUAUUCCGCGUUAAGUCAAUAUGUUACCAAGAAUUUGGCUAAUAUCGAAGCUACUUGGAUUGUUAAUUAUACAUCCUCCGAUGUUUAUAAUCCUUUAAUCACUAAUUUAUCAAACGAUCAGAAAGAAAACUUAUUAUCAAAUAAUAAUACCUUAGCAAUUUUAGCUAUGAAACCAACUUUUAAUUUAUUAGAUCAAAGACCAGCUAGAUCACCUGCUGUAUUAGGACCAUCAGAAUUAGGAUUAAUUUAUGCUCAAGUGUUUUCAUUUCAUCAAUUUAAUUUUUCAUUAGAAAUUUAUGCCUAUAUUCGAACUCGAUUAAAAUAUAGUCAAUAUAUCACUUAUAGAAUCUUAGCAUCUCAAAUCAAUUGUUUGGUAUUAUCAUUAGUAUAUGCAUUAAUCACCAUAGCAUUCCAAGUCCCUGUCAAUGUGGCAUUUGGUAGAUCGGGAUUCCUUGUAUUAUGGAUGUUUAUGUAUCUUUUUAUCUCAGCUAGUGGAGGUAUAAAUGAAAAUGUGGUUUCAAUAAUCUUAGCAUUUGAUAAAAAGAUUUUAUUAGCUCCAUGGAUGAUUUUUAAUAUUGUUAUUAAUAUUUCAACUACAUUUGCUCCAUUUGUAAUGAUGCCAGGAUUUUUCCAUUAUGGUUAUGCCAUGCCAAUGUAUAAUAUUUAUGAAGCUUUAAAAAUAGUAUUUUUUGAUACUUGGAAGGGACAUUUAGGUCGGAAUUUAGGAGUAUUGGUGACAUGGAUAGUUGUAACUAAUUUAUUAUUAAUUUUAAAUAUUAGAUGGUGUGAUAGACGAGCUAAAAAAUUAGCAAUGGCAGAAAGACAAAAGCAAAAACUUGAAAGGGAAGAGAAAGCCAAACAGAAAUUAAAGGAAUUAGAGAAUGCUGCUAACGGUGGGGAUAGUUCUGUUAGUAGUGAUAAUUCAAAACAAGAUUAAUGAACUUUUUUUUUCAUAUAUAUUUAUAAGGAUGUUCUAUAUAAUUUUAAUCUAAAUAGUUUCAUCAAUAAUAUCAACUUGGG